AGGUACAAAAUAGUUUAAAUAAAUUAGUGUGCUCUGUUUAUGAUUCUUCCAAGGCUACCAUGACAUGCUUGUCUAGUCCCAAAAGGUGUGACACAGGUACAUCAUUUAGAAAAGGACCUAUGAAGCAAAAGAAGGUGAUUUUAAAGAGAGAUGACAAGGCACCACCAAAGGAGCCAUCUUUGCUUAAACACCUCUCUGGAAAAGAUGGCACUACGACCAGUAGCAUCUUACUUCAGGAAGAACCCCCAGACCAGUCACCAAACAGACAGGCCGUGCCAUUGGAUGCACCAAUCAAGCUUCCAAAUCAGGUAAGUGCAACUAUCCCUUGUUCGAUAAUCAAUGAUUUGGAUAUUAUGCAUACUGAUUUAUUAUGCCCUGAUAAGUUUGAAGAAAGACUAGGGUGCUUAGAAAAUUAUGUGGAACAUAAUCCUUGUCUUAGAUCCCACUUAGAGAAGAAGCAAGAAAAUUUUUCAUCUACUGAAAUUGGAACUCAUCAAACCGAUUUAUAUGUUGAAAAUUCCAUGACUGCCAUAACACACUUGUCUUUUGCCAAAGAAGUUGAGUUUAUGACAGGAACAAAAGCUGAAAAUUCUGGAGAUAUUUCCAAGGCUAAGUUCAUACCAGGCCGGACCAGAGGUUAUACAGUUUCGAGGUCGAAACCUUUUCAAGGGGGAGGGAAUGUUGCGGGCACAGAAACCGUACCUGAACCGAAGCUCAGCCAGAUAAGCAACAACUGCCUCAAUAGAGCUACCCGCGACCAAGGGUCAUUCAAAGAAGUGCAUCUCAACCACCAGAAGGAAUUUUGGCAUGAAACCAAUUUUACAAGAAGACCAGCUCAACCAUUCAUCACUGCAGCGUGGAAUUACAAGAAACGCUUCACGGAGGAAGAAGUUAUGAAUUUUACAAGUUGGAGGUUUCCCAGCCCAUCCGUGUGCGAGUAUCGGCCCUUAAAAGAGAAACUAAGCCAAACCAAGAAGCGGCCCGGGCCAAAAUAAAUUAUGGAUCUCAAGAGGGAUCUUUUGUGGAUCCAACAAGCCAAGAAUCAGGAGAAAAGGCCCAGUGAAGUUGAAGAUAUAACCAUUUUCCCAGAACCGGUUAUAAGAAGCCAAGUAUGGAAAGAUUGUAAAAUCAAUUCGGUCAACAAUCUCCAAACCAAGAUUACUCAACCAAGGAAACUUCCACACGAUCCAAGACAUCCAGAGGACACAUCCCACGAUCCAGAAGAGCCUUACAUGAUUUUACCAUACACCAGAAAGCAUGGGAAUAAGAAGACCUUCAUUUCGGGUAACUUGCGUUUUUCGGAUUCAUUCUUGCUUGGAGGAGUUAAGGACCAACGUCUCUUUCCAUUUGAACCAGAAGAUACCAAGUUCAAUGUGAGUUUAUUCAGCAACCAGAGACCCUUAUUUCGUGGAUACAAAACCAAGAUAUCAAGAUACAAGAUCAGACCUUCCAAAGCUACAAAUCAGCCUAACGGCUAGUCUAUUGAAGACAAAGACCAUCAGCUUUAUUUUCUUGUAUUUUCUUUCCUUUUCUAGAGUAUUAGAACGUUGUAGUUGAGACCAGGUCGAGCCUAUAUAAGCUCAGGUCAUAGUUCAUUGUAAGACCCCUUGAUCAUUUUUAAAGUAAUAAGAAAUCGUUUUCUUUUAAACAAAGUUGUGUAUUCUUUGUUGUUAUUUCUCUAGUUCUUUGUGUGUGAUUCACUAAGUCCUAAAGAAGCCACGUCCAGGGAGCCUUGUGUGAUUCAAGACCAUCUGCUCGUCCAUUGAUUGAGAAAGUCAAUCUAUAUCCAUCUAUCCAUUCCAUCCAUCGAUCCAGCUUGGAAGAGAUUCAUAUCAAGCAAGCCGGAUUCCAUCCUCAGUCCAUUCUCCAUCCACUGAUGCUUGUUGAGAGAGACACACGUCCAGCAACAAAGAUCCCAUCAUCCAUCUUUCUAUCCUUCUUAUUUGAAUUGUUUUCAUUUUUGCAUAUCAUUUAGUUUUGAAUCUUAAAAGAAAAUCCAUAAGAAUCAUAUUUGCUUCAGUUUAUCAUUUCUUAGAUAGUUUAUUUUAUGUUCUUCAUAUAGAAAUAAUAAAACUCAUAAAAAGGUUCAUCCUUGUUUCAGGUAUAAACUGGCCGUGCCAUUCCUCCACCGCAGCCGUCUAGCCGAUCUUCCAUCUGUCCGUCCGUCCGAUCUGUCCAAGCCGAACCAAAACCAAACCUCAGUCAAGCCAUCCGUGUAGUCUGAAUCCCAGCCUGCAACACUUUCUCACUAAUUUAUCUUGUUUAUGCAGGUUUUUCAUCACAUGGUUCUCAUCUUCCUCUUCUUUAAAGGUAGAUCUAUUAAUUUUAGAUAUGUAUUUUUGAGUGUUCUAUAAAGGUAGAUCUAUCUAAUCUUCCACUCAUGUUCUUUGUUUUUAACCCAUUUGAACGUUUUUUGAUAUGCAGGUUUUCUCAAAUCUAGAAAUACAAGUUUUUCAGAUCUGGAAGACUUCUGGGCUAGAAGACUUCCAGACGACUUCUAGGAAGUCUUCCUGACGACUUCCAAGAAGUCUUCCAGACGACUUCCAGGAAGUCUUCCAGACGACUUCCAGGAAGUCUUCUGACGGAGUCUUCUCCCUUGUCUCCCUUUCAUAAUAGAUCUGAGCGUUUUAGUAAGUUUUUAUGUCUGAUUUUUAUUCAUUUGGUAACCUCCUGUUGCAUAAAGUUCAUACCUUUUUCCCAAACUAAAACACUCCAAACCCAUUCUAAUCUCUUUGACUUGAAAACACUAAACUUUAUAUGAAUUUUUCAUUUUUGGCUCAUGUUUUUCUCACUAAUCUAUCUUUUUGUUAUAGGUUUUUAAUCAGAUGGUUCUCAUCUUCCACUUGGAUAUGUACUUUGUGUGUUCAAUAAAAAUAUAUCUAUCUAAUUUUCCACUCGUUUUCUCUAUUUUUAAGCCAUUUGAACGUUUUUUGAUAUGAUAUGCAGGUUUUUCAGAUUUGAGUUUGAUAUACAUGUUUUUCAGAUCUGGAUUAGACUUUUGGAAGACUUAUGGAAAGUCUUCUUGGAAAUCUUCUAAAAUAUAAUGCGCUAGAAGACUUCCAGUUAGACUUCUUUCAGAAGACUUUAAAGUAGUCUUUUAGGAAGUCUUCUGACGGAGUCUUCUUCCAUAUCAAAUGGAAUUUAAACUUGUCUUUGUAGAUGAAUGUUCUAUAAUAGUUUUGUUUGUGGUAUGUUUUGUGUUUUGCAUGUGUACUCCUUUAGUUGUGACUUUUUUUUGUAAAUUUGAAGAGAUAUUAAUAAAAAAUUUUGGUAAAUAUGUUCAUUUUUCCACAAUAUUAUCUUGCCAAAAUUACUUGACAUACAACUUCAAUAGCAAAACACAAUAACAUAAAAAAUUAAUCAAAUUUAUUACAACUAAGGGAGAAGAAUUCUCACGAAAAAUUAGUCAAAUUCACAAAAUAUAAAAUAUUACAUAAGUUCAAAGAUAGAACACGAUAACCCAAUGAUUUUAUUUAGUCUUCAAAUGCAUAAGAUCAAUGUUUUCUUAAAUUUGUCGAGAUCUCUAUAGAUCUACUGAAAAUAAGAAAUAAAGAGAAAACUCUAAAUUUUAUUAGUCAAAUCUUAAACUGAAUACUAUAAAUGGCUAUAUAUAAGAACCAUAAAUCUCUAAAACCCUAAAAUAUUAUUAUCUAGAUUUAAAAUAAUUGAUAAAAUAUUUAAAUAUUUCCAAAUAUCUAUUUGCAUCAUGGACUCAAUCUUAGAUUUCGUGGGUGUCAUAAAUUAGACUUUGGCCCAGAAUUAAAAUAAUUUUAAGAAAAAUUAGUAAAAAAGCAACACAACAUACCAAGGUUAGGUGGGACAAAUGCGCAUAAUGUUACAUAUAACAUGGCCAAAACGAAACGACACAUGCAUAAAAAUUUAAUGCAUGAGGGAACAAAACAGAACACACGAAAUAACAUUAACACUCAUUGUUGUUGCAAUCAUCUUGUUGCUCGAUAUCAGAAGCAGCCUCGUAGUAGUCCUCAUGAUCUCCCCCAAAGCUAUCAAUCCCACAAGGAGCAUGACCAUUCCCAAAAGCCUUGACGUGGUCCUUAAGAGACCUCUUGUGUUUAAAAUCCGAGCCACAUGAGCAAUACCAAAGUUUACCGCAAUUCUUCUCAUGCGUUCUCCAAUCUCCUUUCACUGCAAAGGCUUUGCCACACCUGCGACAAGCAAAAGGUCUAGAUCCGUGUUUGCGUUUGUAAUGUGUUUGGAGGGUUCGAAAGUCCUUGAGAGGCUUGGCUCGUGGGUGGUCAAUGUUGUUCUUGCAGCCUGGCGCACAGCAGAAACAUGGUAGUCUUAGCAUUCCUGUUGGUUGUGUUCCUCUAAGUGACUCUGGUCCCUUUCUGUAUUGUGAACCGUGUCCCCACAUGUGCAUCUAUAAUGAAAACGUUUUUAUGUCACCAAUCAUAAAUGAGUCAUCAUCAGUAUUAGAAAGUAUUGGUUUAAAUCUUUUUAAGUUUAGGAUAAAUACUAUUGUUGUGAGGUAUUUCAUCAAUCAUAAAUGUGAAAAACACUAUAUGUAAAGUUAUGUACAUAUACAGUCCUCUUUAUUUCAUGUUAAAGUUUGCUUUUGGCAUGAAAUAACUAGUCCCACAUAAUUAUUAGCUGUUUGUCUAUCUUUUGGCCUUUUGGGUAGUAUUACUCUCUUACUAGUAUAUAUCCCUGUUCGAAAACGCGGCCGCCUAGCCGCCUAGGCGGCCGCUUAGGCGUUGCUCGGAGUCCAACCGCCGCGAUUAUGACCUGAUCGGUCACACUAGGCGCUGGACCGCGUUAACACGCUUUGACCGCGUAUUAUCCGCGUUGACCGCGUAAUAUUACCAGUCUUAAACGCUUAAAACUCAAAAAAAAUUGAACUAUUGGGCCUACAGCAGGUUUAUGGAAACCCAAUUGCAAGUUAUAAUGAUGGCAACUCUAAAUGAGUAUUUAUAGGCGUCUUUAGCAUCACCCCUCCUUAUGUUUAACCGAUGUGGGACUUUGUUUCAUAGGUGUUUUU